CGCAUCGCACUGACUGAAGUGCUUCAUAAAAACCUCCAAAACCGCCUCGAUUGUCUCACUUUCUACCCAGUGACUCUUAGCCAUCAGCAGAGCUGCGAUGCUCUAGAUCAUGCAGGAUUUGACUAUUUCUUUUUUCAGUUCCCAUUUUAUUUUUUAUUUUAUUUUAUGUACUUUUGCUGGAUAGCCUGCUAAAGUGUGAAACAUUCACAGUUCGUCAGAGUCACAUUCAUCUGGUCACUUGUAGUCUCGAACCGAGCGUUGAACUUUUGUGAAAGCUACAAAACAGGACACCCGUUGUCGACACCCAGUCUGUGAUAUAUUUGGCCUGACAACAUUUGCGUCAUGAGUGAACAGAGUAUCUGCCAGGCGCGAGCUGCUGUGAUGGUGUACGACGAUGCCAAUAAGAAGUGGGUCCCAGCUGGUGGCUCCACUGGCUUCAGCAGAGUCCACAUCUACCACCACACAGGCAACAAUGCCUUCCGUGUAGUAGGACGCAAGAUCCAAGAUCACCAGGUGGUGAUAAACUGUGCAAUUCCCAAGGGUCUGAAGUACAACCAGGCAACGCAGACCUUCCACCAGUGGCGUGACUCCAGACAGGUCUAUGGCCUCAACUUUGGCAGCAAGGAAGAUGCCAAUGUAUUUGCCAGUGCCAUGAUGCAUGCCCUGGAGGUGCUCAACUCCCAGGACUCAGGCCCCACAUUGCCCAGACAGGGCCCACAGGUUCAGAAUGGCCCCACACCAGAGGAGAUGGACCUGCACAGAAGGCAGCUUCAGGAGCUGCAGAGGCAGAAGGAGUUGGAGCGAGAGCGUCAGGAGCACGAGCGCCUGGAGCGAGAGAUGCUAGAGCGUGAGCAGGAGCGUCAGGAGCGAGAACGUCAGGAACGGGAGCGUCAGGAGAGGGAGAUGCAGAUGGAGAGGGAGCGACUAGAGCGGGAGCGCCAGGAGCAACAGGAGCGCACUGAGCAUGAGCUAAUGGAGAGGGAGAAGGCGGAGAGAGAGCGGCUGGAGAGGAAGCAGCAGGAGCAGUUGGACAGCGAGCAACAGGACUGGGAGAGAGGGAGACGUAUCUCUAAUGCUGCUUUUGAAAGCACCCUGUACACUCCCACACCGCAAGAUUACAGCAGAACAUCCUCAACACCCGUAUCUCCAUCCACGCCCAUCUACCCAGCUCCUGGGACACAAUCAACCUCCUCCACCACACCCCCAACCCCGCCACUCAGGCACUCAGCCUCCCGAUUCGCCACUUCACUCAGUUCUGCCUUCCACCCAGUCUUGCCUCACUACGCCACAGUCCCGAGGCGACAGCAAGCCUUUCUACAAGCCCCACCCCCUGUUCCUGCUCCAGCCCCCGCCCCUCCUCCUCCACCCAAGUCUGUUGUGUGGUCAGCGUGCAACUUUACCCCCCUGCCUCCAUCACCCCCUGUCAUGAUAAGCAGUCCGCCAGGAAAGGCCACAGGUCCGCGGCCACUCAUCCCCAUCGCAGCAUCUUCCCCUCUGACCCAGAAGCCACCGUCGCCAUCCCCCAAUGGCCCGCCCAUGUUCCCAGCACCCUCUCCUCUGACCAUACCACACAGCCAUACCCCUAUUGGCAUUGCCUGCGCAACCCCACCUCCCCCGCCCACCCCGCCCCCUCUCCCCUCCCGUGUAGCUCCCCAUCCAUCUUCCUCCUUCAACUCGUCUCCCCCCUCCUCAUCCCAGGCUCCGGGUAUGCCCUCUCCCUCCACAGCGCCCCUUGCUGCUGCAGCCACUGCCGCCACCUCUGCCUCUGUUGAGCACCUCUCCCUCCCCGUGGGCCUGGGCCUGUUGGGGCCGGGAGAGCCGGACACAGCCGCAGGCCCAGAGCCCCACCCACCUCAGGGGGGCUUCACCUGUCAGCCCCAGGAUUUGGUUCAGACCCCGGGGUUGACAACCCACACUCCUCCUCCACCUCCACCCCUGCCACCCAGCUCCACUGUGACCUCUGCGAAUGCCCCCCUGGCUGCCACCCCCACCACCCAGGCCAUCCACCCUCCUCCACCCCCGCCUCCUCCACUCCCUCCUACAUUGACUCCUUGUGGGACGCCCCCCCCUCCACCAGGUCCACCUCCUCCUCCUGGAGCCCCACUCCCUCCUCCGGCACCUCCCCUUCCUGCCGGAUUGUUCUCUCCUACAGAGGACCGCCCCGUCUCAGGCCUGGCCGCCGCCCUCGCUGGGGCCAAGCUGCGCAAAGUGCCAAGGUGUGACGAUGCAGGGGCAACUCUGGCAGCAGCCAUGUCGGGGGCUGGAGGGGCUGCAGGGGCCAAAUCUGAAGCCAGAGGCAAUGGCCCUCUGGCUGGAGGAGGGGGGCUUAUGGAGGAGAUGAGUGCCCUGUUGGCCAGGAGGAGAAAAAUAGCAGAGAAGGGCUCAUCACCUGAACCUGACCAGAGAUCAGAGGAGGGCGAAAUAAACACAACCCCUAAAAUGUCAGCCUGUAGCACACCAGACAUGCCCAGGAAGCCAUGGGAAAGAACAAACACCAUGAAUGGUAGCAAAUCUCCAGUUAUUGGAAGACGAGAGUCUCCGUGGAGAUAUCCCAUGGGAGCAGAUUCUUCCAACAGACCUAAAUCCACUCCUACACCUACUGCAUCCUUAAGUUCCAACGGUGUGCCAACAGAAGCUGUUGACUAUGAUAGAUUGAAACAGGACAUUCUGGAUGAGAUGAGGAAGGAGUUGUCGAAGCUAAAAGAAGAGCUCAUUGAUGCAAUCAGGGAGGAGCUGGGCAAGUCCAGCACGGCAUAGAGGAUCCAAACUUGAUGUUCAGAACAUCUACAUCCACAUGACCCAACAGAUAACCACGGUCAAUUUAAGACAUGACAAAACAACAGCAGAAUACAACAGCAACAAACGGUGGAGACGGUAAUGAUGACAAUAUUCAUAUAAUCAUAUUAAUACUGAGAGAGGACUUUACUUGGGGUGGAGCAGCAUUGGACAAAACAACAAUGGACAGGGUAGUGGUGGAAAGCUUGUAACUGAUAGCUGUGACUCACAGAAUCCAUUCUGCAGAGUCUUGUGUUCCUGCACCCCCCUUCAAUCCAGCUGUGGGCAUCUCAUCCUGGGGGACAGUGCAAGGUCUGAAAGAGAAGCAAAAGUCUUUAUGCAAAGAUGAUUUCUCUUUCUUAUAUAAUAAUAUUGACCUCUUUGAUGAUACUGUAUUAACUAUUGUCGCAUAAGUGAACAGCAACAUUGAUGCUAAGAAUCAGAACUCUUGUGAUUUACUAUCAAAAGGCAUGUUUUAUUAAGUGAGUUUGGCGACUGGAAGAAGGUGGGGAUGGAAUUUUUUUUUUUUCUCCCAUAAUGCCAUAGGGGUAGCGUGCUUGCGUGCGUGUUUGGGUGAGUGAGUGUCUAUGGGGGACAGUUUCUGGUGAAAUCCACCGCUGCAGGACACUGUAAAGCUUGUCUUCCUAAAAUACUAUUUUAACCUGAACAUGUAUAAAAGAGAGAAAAAGUUAUUUAGAAAAAAACAUAUCUAUCAACCAUGUCUGUUUCAGUGUAGAUCAAUGGCCAUAUAAGGUAGCUCAAUAAUCCAGUAUUUAAACAGGAAGCUCUCAUGUCUUUCUCUUCAUCUGUGGAAUCAUAAUCAGGUGUGCCGUUUCCCUCCUGAAGUGAGCACUCUGUGGAGACAUUUCACUGUCAUGCUAGUUGACCAUGAACAGACAUGUAGAUAGAAAUGACUUCCUUCCUGUACUUUUUGAUUUGAAGACUCUCUCCCCCUUUCUCUGUCAGUCUCUGUCAUGUUUGUCAUAUUUAGGUACUCUGUUUAGUGUAUGUACGGUUGUGUUCUUUAUAAGGUGAAGGUCACAAGUCUGCCACGAAACUGUAUUAACUGUCACAAGUUUUAUUACAAGCAAUAAGUGUAGCAUCUAUUUUAAGACCCAACUUCCCAAGUCCCAAUACUACCAAACAUAUUUCAUUGUUUGUCUGUCCUUUUUGGCCCUCCUGAGCCCUUGUUGGCCAACUUUACUGUGUGACACUACACCACCUCCUGUCAACUGUAUUGCAGAUUUUCUGUGAAACUGAAGGCUGACAUGAAAGAAGAUCAGUACAACACUGUAAGACACGAUUUCAUGGAAUUUCUCGAUCAUAAUAAUCUCCUUUUUUAUUUUGGAUUUUUUUCCUAUAAAAUCCAAGGAUACUGUAUCCUUAGCCAAAUUGGAGUUGAACUGAUUUUUAUUGUUUAAUUUACAGCAUUUAUAAGAGUAAAACUUCUAAAAGGUGCACAGGUCAACCCAAAUGUGUAAGAGAUGGUGCCCAUAUACGGACAUGAAUGUGCCAUUUACUUUUUCACCAGUGCUUACUGAUGACGUGUUUGUUUCAUCUUAUUGUCUUUGCCUUUUCCUCCUGCCAAUGUCAAAUCCUUAAAAUGAGAAGCUGUAUUUUCCCUAAACAUAUGUAGAAGGGAGGUGUCACUUUAUUCCAAAAAUCUUUUGUUUCAACAUUUCUUUCAGUUCAGUGCUGAGUUUGUUGAGUACAAUCAACCUGAGAGGGAUAUGUUGGGAGCUGAGACUGGUGUCAAUAAACUGUAGCUGUUAUUCCAAUAUUUCAUGUUGAAGUAACAGAUAAAAGUCCAUGUUAGUUACAAUUCUGUUCUCUGUAUCCAAAUAAGAUCCUGGGGAGGGACAGCCUCACUAAUACAAUCAAACCUCAUGACUCUUUAACAGUCACUUUACAGUGGAGUCUGCUGGAAAACUUGGCACAUAAUAGCAACCUUUUGAUCUACCAGAGGAUUCUAAGUUGAUAUGAUAUCCCGAAAAAUGUUAUAAAGUUAUGCUUUAAGUAAUUUAGAAUGAACAGUAUGAAUUUUGUGGUAUCUUGAUUGUUACAAGCAUCGAACUGAGAACUUACAAGGCAGUACAGUGUGCAUGCUAUCACCGAAGUAUACCCUUAAUGUCAUCAUUCUUUGCAACAAUAACUGUAUUUGUAACUUAAAGGGGUACUUCAGUGAUUUAAUAUUUAACUUCUAUAAAGUUGGGAGUCUUGCAAUAGACCAAUAUUUAAAAAGAAGGGUUAAAAGCGCAAAAACAGAGGCCAAGAUAUUCAGACUCUUAGUCCCUAGACUGAGUCAAGCUUUAAAAAUGCUUGGUCCCACAGUUCUCAUAAUGCAACUCUUUUCAUGAGACCCUCUUUGCCUGAUUAACAACCACGCCUUUCAAACUACAUACUCUUUGUACUGGUUUCUGAUCAAAUUUUGUAGAUGCCAAGCCGAAGCAGCGAUAACCCCAUCACUACAAGACAAAAUAAGUGUAAUUUUUCAGAGUUCAGGAAGCUCUUUCAGAGUCACAGAAAACAUUACUCAACAUGUAGACUGAUUUUUGAUAUGUAAAAUCUGUAUGUAGAGUGCCCCUUUCAUUUACUAUUAAGAGAAUUGUCUAAUGAGUUAUCAUCAUGCAUAGCUUUUAAACCUGGUAUCCUACUGAAAGGUUUGUUAAUGAGGGGUUGUCUGUGGCUGUUGGAUUUCAUACAAUACAGCUGUUCAAGAGCUUGGAUGUUAUAGAUUUGCUACAAAAGAAACAAACACUGAGUAAAUUGUUUUCCCCCUCAUUUUCUGUCAUUUGCUUUGGGACAAAUUUGUUAAAAAAAAAAAAAUUGUGGAAAAAAAAAUUGCUUUCAAUUCCAGUUUAGACAUACAGAUAAAAUAAUACUUUGGUUUGACGAGAGUUUUUGACAUUUGCUUCAGCUGGUCUAUUUCAUGCUCUAACUCUCUGUUGAUAAAAUUGUGUCAUCUUUUCAUCUUGACCUGAGUGUUUACAUAGCAUGGAUUGCACUUUACGACCAAAACCAACAGAGCAAACCAACAUAGUCUGACAACGGUUGCUUAAAGCCUCUAUCACCAACAGUAUGGCUAUCUCACCAAAGGAUUCAAACCAGCAGUCUCCUGCUAAACAUAAUCACCCUCAACAAAGUCGCCUUCCUUAUUUUUGUAUCAUUUUGUCAAGAGAUCUAAAAACAGAAAGAUGUCCACCUCUAUAUUCAGUCCUUUGGAUGUGAUGGCAGGUGAAAUGUUUUGAUCAGGAAAAGUUUUUCUUUGUGAAGCUACAGUAUGUGGUCUGUGCCUUGUUCAGAAGUUGCAUUUAUAUGUCAAAGAUAAAAAGAUGAUUUGUAAUAAUAUCUGGGGACUGUAAUUAUGAUCAAAUGCAGUUUUGUUUUUUUUGUCUUUCUUUUUUUCAUCAUGGUCAUUUGAUGGGAAGGGAGAGUUCAUUGACCUUGGUACUGUUCCCCAACAAGAAAACAUCUUUGCACCAAGAUCUUUUUUUCUUUGUUUGUUUGUUUUUUUUACAUAAAUGUGGUUUUUGUCUGAGGUUGCUUUUCUUGCAGGUCAGAAGUAAAAUCAAACCUUUGAGACAUGAGGCCUUUAAGGGUUCAAAGAUGAUCUUUGCUCUGAAAUGAUUUUUCUAAACCUCAAGCCCUCUUGUGAAGUCUAGAUGAGUCUGGCUGCAGUGUUCUGUGUUCCCUCAUGCCAUUUAAAUGUCAUAGAGACUGUUUGUGUUCAGCAGCUUAUCUUUCUUUAAAAAACUUGGAAAUCUCUAAGAAAAACUAUUUUGUCCUCUGCAAUGAGGUCUGCUCCAUGUUAAUAUCAGAUUGCUGAUGGAAACAUUCGUCUUUGUCUGUAAACUCAGUUUUCUGCUGAAGGAACUGAAAGAAUUUGUGAAUUUGCAGGAAUAUUUCCAGAUAUUAAUUUGACUGAAGCAAGUUUCAUGGAAGGGUUUCCCGACUAAUUCUUUAAUCAUCUGCAUUGUACCAUACUGUUCUCACAUUAAUUAGUCUUUCUUACAUGCUAAUAUAUUGUUUUGUUUGAGCAAAUUAAAUAAAAAUCACAAUA